AACCAGUCGGGUCCCGGCCUCAGGUCGCGACGGGUGUUUAGUUUACAGGCGAGCGCCGUACCGUACGGUCGACUCGCGCGCCGUUUCGUAUUGUAUUUCGUACGUUAGUUGUCGGACGGUGGCUCGAAAAUUUUCGACUCGAUUUUCGCACAGUUUGACACGGAGGGCAACGUGUUCGCUAUCAGCGUGUUAAUUACGAAGAGAAGAGGAGUGAUAUUUUGUUAGUGAACGAAAUUUUCGAAGCAUGCGAACAUACCGUUGGAACUACAGUGAAGUUAAUCGCGUGUGACGAAAUGGUACAACGUGAGUCAUAAGUGUAGCUGACUCCAACCGAUAAACUAACAUAACCGUGACAGCGUACACAAAACUAUCGUGUCUGGACGUACUUUCGAGACGGUUACGCGAAUACACAGAUGAUAAACAAACAAAAAACGAAGGCUUUCUUGGAACAGUGAAAGAAAUAUUUUCCCUGCGAGCAAUUUAGUGUAAACAUUAAAACUGAACUGUUCGUCGUGCUCUUACCGUUAUUGUGCGCAGUUUGUCGUUGAUCGCGUUACAUUCGGUCGGGUUUCAAACGGUGAAAUUCGGACCAUACUGAAACGGUUUUUCGUUCGUGAUUUAGUGAGUGAGAGUGACAGAAGUGUGUAAACAAGGCGAAAAGUGAAAAAGAAGAGAAGAAGGCUUUUUUUAUCCUUUUUUUUACCGGUCAAGAUACCUUGCUAAGAUUCUUCCUGCCACUUGUAUUUCUCUCGAGGAGCUCGACUAUUAAAACUGGCAGCAACUUCAGAGUACUUCGUUCACCGAGUGGAAAAUGCAUGCUGUGCUGCUAGCAGAUUCUAAAGAGAGAGAGAGAAAAAGAAGCGAACACUACGCGCUCGCGAGAAAUAUCGCCGAGGUUUUAAAAUCGUCCCUCAAAUGGUGGUUUAAUGGAAUAAGAUGUUCUGAGGUGCAUCGGUGGUGAAAAAGAAAGGAAAAAAAAAAAAAAAAGAAAAUGAAAGCCGUAAUCGCGACGUGUCUCCUCCUCUCUGUCACCGGCGUCCUCUCCGUCGAGUGGAAACACAGCGCCGUCCUGGACAAUAACUUCUUAGUUCUUUGGACGCCAGGCGAGAGGGAUGUGAUGUUCGAGAUUCAAGUGAAGACCCUCGGCUAUGUGGGUCUCGGUUUCACGAGGGAUGAUGGCACUGUUGGGGCUGACAUGGUCAUUGGAUGGGUGGACAACAACGGACAGCUCCAUCUUCAGGACCGACACGUGAAGAAUUCGAGCAAGGAUCCCCAGAUGGACUCGAGCCAAGACUACUGCCUUCUACUGGGUUACGAGAACAAGACGCACACCGUUUUACGUUUCAGCAGGCGAUACGAUACGUGCGACCCGCGGGACCUCAAGAUCACGAACGACACGAUGCAAGUGGUUUGGCAAUAUCACGUGGAGGAGCCGGUGUCCGCGGCCGGAGUUUUGCCGGAUCACGACGCCAUCCGGGGAUCGAGGCCCCUUUAUCUGGUGCAAAGGGACGCUCAACCGAGGCCGACGUCGCGCAACCAAGAGGCCGAGCCACCGCUUCAAACGUGGGACAUAUUGAACCAGCAGGUACGCUUACCCAAGGGACAAGACACGUUGCUUUGGUGCCGCGUUCUUAGGAUGCCAAACAUUGAUCACAAACACCACGUCGUGAAGCACGAGCCGGUGAUACAACCCGGAAGUCACGAUUACCUGCAUCACAUGACUUUGUACGAGUGUCGUGGGGAUCAGGGGCAAUUGGAAUCCGCGGCGAAGACGUCAGGCAGUGUUUGCUAUCAGUCCAAUCAGCCGUCUCUUCAAUGUAAUACAAUCGCCGCUAUCUGGAGUCUCGGCUCCGAGGGGUUCAAUUACCCGGCCGAGGCCGGCUACGCGCUGGAUCCGCACACGGGGCCGCGCUACUACAUGCUCGAGACCCACUACGCGAAUCCUCAGAUGGACGCGUUCAUAAGCGACAGUUCCGGGCUGCGUUUGCAUUACACGGACAAGUUGCGCACUCACGACGCCGGUAUCCUGAGCGUCGGCAUCGACCCCAACUGGAGGCACAUCAUACCGCCAGGCCAGGCGGAGGUUGUGUCCGAAGGUCACUGCAUCUCCGACUGCACCGGGCACACGAUACCCAACAGCGGCAUCAACAUAUUCGCCGUCAUCAUGCAUACCCAUCAACUGGGGAGGAAGGUCAGAUUGCGUCAGAUAAGAUCAGGCGAGGAGCUGCCACCCAUUGCGUCCGACACCAAUUACGAUCCCAGCUAUCAGGAGUAUCGGAAGCUGCAGAAGCCCGUCAGGGUCUAUCCGGGCGAUCAUUUGGUGGCCGAAUGCACGUACUCGUCUAAAUCGAGGCAAGCAAUCACGCUCGGCGGUCUGACAACGAGGGAAGAAACUUGCCUGGUGUCCACGCUUUAUUAUCCCCGCAUCGAGCUGUCGCUCUGCUACUCUCUCCCUUCAUUACCAACGGUUCUGCAGAGUUUGGGGAUCCAAAAGCUGAUGCAGGGUUCCAGCCCGGUAAAGAUUCAAGAACCACAAAAGUUGGCCGGCAUGACGUUGGAGGAACGUUUGCUCAGCUACGACUGGGAGAGCAGUUUUCAGAGCUUCCAGGAAGCUACUCGGGGCGGCACCUUUAAACCCCUUUGCUGGACGAACAAGGGGGAACUGGCCGGGAUGGACAGCCUCGAAGUCCAUUAUCCAAGGAUCCUGAGGCCGUACGAGGAGGUGGCCCUCCCGUGCUCCAAGAAACCUCUCAGGAACAAGUUGUCGUUAAUGCUGAGCGAGGACGAGGACAUCGGCGCACCGGUGGACCCGGACAGUGACGAGACGAACGCGGUGGAGCGUGGACAAUUGGUGCGCAGCAAAGUGUCACGAAGCAGUGACGGACCAACGGGCGGAAGUUCCUCGACCAGGUCGAUACCCACGAUCGUUACUCUCGCCACCUUGGCGAUCAUCGUCACAGCAGCGUUCAGGUGAACACUGGCUGGUCGUCUUGCGCGCCGAUCGUACGAGAACCGAUCGAUUUCGUUUAUCUAGGACGGCCGUUUUUUAUCUUCUUGUUGAUCAAGCUGAGGAAUCGGGGAGGUGGAUUCAUAUGUAAGUACGUAUGCACCGGUGUGUACCCUCUCACGCGUCACGUGGAUCGAAACAACUGCUAUUAUCACGUGGCUCGUUUCAUCAACCAGAUCGGAGAUCGUUGAGUGAGGACAAGGUAGAGACGAUUUAUAUAAUAUAUAUAAUAGGGUUCCUCCUCCCCCCUCUCUCCUUCCUAGAGUUUCAUUCUACGCAUUUGACGACGCGAUCUGUCGUUGAACGUAAAUAUUUUUUUUUUUAUCUUCUUUUUGUAAAACAAUGAACACGUUCUGUGUACGAAUAAAUAAGGAAGGAAUAAAAUAAUGGACGAGAUAGCGCGGGAGAAGAGAAAUAUUUUUCGAUGUGGCCUCGAGUCGUGAUCGCGUGUAAUAAUAAUCACGACGAAGAAGUUGAUAUAGAUGACGAUUGCCAAAUAUAUAUAUAUAUAUAUAUAUAUAUAUAUAUAUAUAUAUAUAUAUAUAUAUAUUUUCCCUCGACGAAGCUUCCUUCGAAGAAGAGCUUCUAGGAUCUACGAUGUCCUCAAUCAAAGAUCGACCUCCCUCUCUGCUCGUGCACCGUAUUGUUACUAUGUAUAUCGCGUGCUUGCGCAGGACCAAUUCCCUCCUUUGGAUAUCUUUCGAGUUUGAAUACUCGUUAUUCUUUUACUACACCGGAUUAUAUACAUUCGAAUACCCUUCGAUUCGUUUCGAACGAUUUUAUUAGCUACUAAGCUCUAGUUUCUUUCGCGAUUGGUAACCGUGUAUAUAAUGGAGAAAAACCUGCAGAGACAGAUCUGUGUAGCUGGACGAAAAAGGGUAUUCGGUAUCGACGGCGUACAUAAUAAAAAACGAAAACUUUCAUCGCAAACGAUAAUCGAUUCGGAAUUGAUUUUCCGAUUUUCGAUUCCGGUUAGUCGCGUAACAUUUCGCUUCGUAUUUCGUGUUUCCAGGAAUACGUGGCCGAUAUACGAUCAAAGAAGGUCAGUGUAGAAAUCCUGGAACGAAUUGCAUUUUCCAUUGUAACGUUAACACGGUCGACGUUUGUUCCCAGUGUCAAAACGGAUGGAGAGCUCCUUUGCUCCUCUUUGACAAGAUCGGAUAAAGGAAACGAUGCGACGAAUCGUGAAUCAAAAUUUUACAAAGUCGUAGCAUCUUGCUUUCCGUCUACUUUUCCAUAUCCUAUCUUGACUUUUGCUUGUAACGCUUGUCUCCAAUAAAUCAAUUUAUUGGAAAGUUAUUUAAUUUUUCUCGAUUCCUCGGUCAAUAAACAUUCGAUCGCUUCGUCUGUUGUGAAAUUUUUAACAAAUUCCCAAGUAUUUUGAUAAAAAUAUUAUUUAAUUAUCAGAUGAAACGUAUGUGUAAUUUCUAUCCUUCUAUUGAACCAAGAAUAUGGCGCAAGUUUGCCGGUCCAUUUGUGCGAGCAAUUUCGAAACUUCGACAAGAGCGAUAGAAAUCGGAAAUGUUCGGUACUUGAUCCCACUUUAAAGGUUAACGAUCUCGAACGAAAGAUAUCCGCGAGGAAACGAGGCUCCUGCCUGACAUUAAAAUUAUUUUCAAGCUUCUGGACUCGAAAGAAUUUAUAUUGUUGGCUGUUUAUUUAGGCCACGAACCAAGCAUGCAAUUCCUAGCGAUGACAAAAAUUUCUAGAGAAUAUUUCCUAGCACCCAGCUUUUCUAGCUUUCUCAAAAACGACAAAGUCACGGGGGAGAAAUUGCUUGGUUCGCGCCAGAGACUGUAUAUUCUGUUACUAAUUAGAUUUAUACGAAUAGAUGCGUUUUUUAACGGAGAUCGUAUAAACGUUGGUCGAUUCUCCCUUAUCGAGGCUCUAAUUAUAAACACUAAAAAAGAUUCCAUUAUCCAUCACGUUGUCUCAAAAAUCCAUUUCCUUUUCCUAUUACACAAAUUUCUAUAUGCAUUCUUCUGGAAUGAUUUCAAUAUAAAAUCAUCAAAUUAUCUGGUUUUUUAACUCUCUAUAUAAUUCCAAAACAAUUUAACUUAUCUUUCUUAUUAUCAAGAAAGAAUUACUUAAAGGAAAAAAAGAAUGCUAGAAAAAUCAAAUAUCGUAAUGGAAAAUAAAUCAGCUUGCACUUUAUUCAAACUCUCAAAUUCAUCGAAUUUAUCAACAAAAUCUUCUCGUUUUAAAUAACGAGAACAACAAAUUUCGAGACAACUUAACGCGCAUCGUGGAAUUGUUUCCAGCCUCGUUCCGCGUCACUUGACCAACGUUUGUACCAUUUCCUUUGUAAUAUUCUGUACAGUUUCUUGAGUGUAACACUCUCGUUGCUCGGCUGGCCAAGCUCCGGCGCCGGCGAUUAUUUAUUUCUUAAUUUAAAAGAAAGAAAGAAAGAAAGAAAGAAAGAAAAGGAAAAAAAAAAAGAAGAAUUGUAUAGAGAGCGAGUUUUUUAAUUAUCGCCGUUGACACACACUACGUUCCGCUCAAGUUUCCAAAUAUAUAUAUAUAUAUAUAUAUAUAUAUAUACAUAUGCGUGUUUUGUAUUCAGCGCGGCGCACGUUCGCGAAGCGAAUAUACACGUAAGUUUCUUGAUGCGUUUCUGAACCGCCCGCUGCGGGACACUUGUCGCUACGAAUGGCAUACACGCGGUGUCGCGUCGAUCUACGCGCGAUCGGUUUCCGUAAACGGAAGACACGCGCUUCCGUUUUUCUCUUCUUUUUUUCGCGCGAUGAUUUAAAGCGGUGCUUUGACUCACCUCCUUGCAAGGAAGCGAUCUAAGAGACGAGUUGAUCAGAAGAGUGAAAAACGAAGGAUUUUAACUCUUGGAAUUUUUUUAUAUCGAUCGACACGACAAGAUGAAUCGUUCAAUUAAAUAUAUAUCUUUGAUUGCGUUAAAUAAAAUAUGUACACUUCGAUUCGAAGUGUAAGGUAUAUUUGUAAUAUUUGUAAAAAGAAAAAUUAAAAUUCGAUUUUUGAUGAUGAAAAGUAAUUUCUUCAAAUUAGAAGAAGGAAUCGGCAAUCGUUAUCUCAAUGAAAAUAUCUAUCGAUCAAUCGUAUUCUCUUUUCUUUUUCUUUUUCUUCUUCCUUUCCCUCCGACAUUCAAAUUUACAUUUAAUCGAAUCCACGCUCCACGUGCAGAUAAGAUAGAUGGUUUAAUUUGAUCAAAUUCUCGAACCCGGGCUACAAUGUGUGCACCUCAUUUGACACCCGUUCAGUUGAUUAAGCCCUCGCGAAGCGCCACUUUAAUUAUCGGGGGGAGGGGAAAAAAAAGGGGGAAAAGAGAGAUGAAAACGAAGGAGCGACGACACUGUAUGAUACCUAUGUGGGCAAAGGAGUGGACCCGCGCCAACAGAGUACCGUGGAGAAUCGAUAGAAUGGCAUUGUAGCCGAGAGAGUCCUAAAACGCGCGCGCUUUUCCUGAAUUCCAUUUGCAUCGAGAAGAAUGCAGCUUUCGAAGUUUCAGUGUGCGGUCAAAAGCACGAGGAUCGAGGAGCUUCUCUUCCUCCCCCUCCCUUUCCUCAGGAGAAGAAAACUCGUGUUUUCACUAUUCGCGUGUGCCUGUCCCCUCCCUCUCCCCCGUUUCGUAUUCGUUUUUAUCCUGUCUAAUCGGUCGUCGAUUAAAAUUCAAAUCAAUUCGAUACCUCGUCCUUUCCUAGGAAUUCAUGACGACCGAUUGUCGAUGAUAAACCUCUCUCUCUUUCUUUCUCUCUCUCUCUCUCUCUCCCUAGCGUAGAAAAUAAUAAUAAUAAUAAUAAUGAUGAAAAAAGAAAUAAAGAAAACCUCAUUAAGUAGUCGGACUAAUCGGUAAAGGAAAAAAAAAAAAAAGUAAAAAGUAAAAAAUAAAAUAAGCGCGUAGCCACAAUUUUACAAUUUAAUACUACGAUAAUUCGAUUAAAUGUCAUAGGGGAUCUGUGUGUGUAGAGAUCGUAGGAGCAGUCGAAGCGAUAACAUUUCAACCCCUUUCGAGGGGAAGAGAAAAGUUAAUUUUUAGGCGCCGAACGUCCGUUCCUUUCUUUUCUCUUUUUUUUUUUUAAUCAUCGAUCAUAUACGAUACACAUUUUCUCGGCUCCGAUACGCCGUACGAUACUGCCAAUCGUCGCUUCGCCAAUGUCAGCGUUCGCAAUUUCGAGAGAAAUCGAAUGUGUUUCCUAUUAUGUUUCGUUUCCUAUCCGUGUUUUUUACUUUGCGUAACAACAGGAACAAGAAACGCCUUGUGACAAACGUGGAGUCACCAUUCAACGUUCUUAAACGCGUUCAAAAAGAAAAAAAAACAUAUGACACGCAAACGUAGAUACGCAGCGAGUGCAGGUGCGUCCGAGGAUCAUCAUCAUUGUAUAAUCAUCGUUGAACGUUAACGAUGCGUUAAAACGACGAUUGUAAUAAAUUCGAUCGAAAGAUCGGGAGGAGCAAGAGUGUGUGGAAGAGCGCGUGGAUGGAACGAUUCGCGAGAUGUUCGAGAAACCGUUAUUUCCACCUUAAACCACGAGUUUCUUCGCUCGACGCGACAUACGUGACGCGAUCACGUUGCGGGAUAAGCGAUGAUUUAUCAUCGAAGGAACUCGUCGUUAUAUGAUCGACCGUGCGAAAGGAAGUGGAAGGGUCGACUUCUUCCACGAUUCUUCGAGACGCCAAUCGAUUCGCUGUGCGGUGGCGAUCGUUCGAUUGUGUCGAAUCGUAUUUGGGAUCGGUAAUUACGCUCGGGUAAUUCGAUAGAGCAAGAAGUGAUAUGAGCAGAACAAUCAAGCAAAGUGUCGCGGAUAAAUAAUCAUUUACGCUGGGGUAAUUACGUUAGAUAUAAUAUAGGGGACGAUAUUACGCAUUUAUAUUACUCCAUUGAUCCAUGCAUCGUAUGUUAGCUGGCCCGACAUCCCUGCCACCCGUCGAGCUUUCGAGUAUAUAACGAGAUUCGAGAAGAUUUUGUGCAGAAGAGAUCGCAAAUUUUCCUCAAUUGUAAACCUUUAUUCCUAUAAUAAAACGACAUAUAAUUCUACGUAAUAAUACGAAAGGAUGUAGGAGUCGAAUCAACGUGCAGUACCUGAAUGGAAUACGCGUGGAAGGGGGGAGGAAUUUAUUAAAAUCCGAUGAGAAUCCAUUUAUCGAUCUCUCGUCGUCGAUUCGUAAUUGUCGUCGAGCGUGUACGUCUCUACUACGAGAGUAUUUUUCGCGUUCAUUAGAGAGACGGUGUGUAAAAAGGAAGGGAUCGACGAUGGGAAUCGAGGAUGGGCCGGAGAGCUUUAUACAAUCGGAAACUCGGCGGGGCCAGGCGGAAUCGGGAAAUGUAUGUACUGUAUGUAGAAAAAGAUUAGCGAGCAUCGAGCAACGAUGUCGGUGGCCCAUUAGCAGGACAAAUGGUGGGGCAUGGGUGAUCGUGCGCGAUAGGAACCGAGGGGAAAUGAAAAAAGAAGAAAAGAAAAAAAAAAGAAGAGGAAAAA